UUCCGUGUCCCCGCCUGCAGAGUCAGUGUGCGGUUUGGGAGAAAAUGUGUCGGAUAUUUUGGGGCGGUCACGUGGGCGGGCGGGCUCCGAGAGGCCCCGGGACAGUGCCAGCCUAGAGCCGUGCCCCCCCAGCCCCCCAUUACCGCGAGCCCCUGAUACUGCGACGCUGCAUCCCCGAGACCGCCCGACGCCGGCACCUCGGGGCUCCGCGGCCUCACUCCCCCUCCCUCCCCCUCCAGGACUCUUGAAGACCCAGCAGGCAGGCCAGGCGGGGCGGGCACGGAGCCUCCCAGGCCCGGACAGAGGGCAUGGGCGGGGGCUGUGGCUGAAGACCUCCCCCGCCCACUGCAGACUUCAAGGGACUCCCACAUCGCAGCUGCCAUGGCCACCAAUAAGGAGCGACUCUUUGCAGCUGGUGCCCUGGGGCCUGGAUCUGGCUACCCAGGGGCAGGCUUCCCCUUUGCCUUCCCAGGGGCACUCAGAGGGUCUCCACCUUUCGAGAUGCUGAGCUCUAGUUUCCGGGGCCUGGGCCAGCCUGACCUCCCCAAGGAGAUGGCCUCUUUGUCGGUGGAGACACAGAGCACUAGCUCAGAGGAGAUGGUGCCCAGCUCUCCCUCACCCCCUCCACCUCCUCGGGUCUACAAGCCGUGCUUCGUGUGCAAUGACAAGUCCUCUGGCUACCACUAUGGGGUCAGCUCUUGUGAAGGCUGCAAGGGCUUCUUCCGCCGCAGCAUUCAGAAGAACAUGGUGUACACAUGUCAUCGGGACAAAAACUGUAUCAUCAACAAGGUGACCAGGAAUCGGUGUCAGUACUGCCGGCUACAGAAGUGCUUCGAAGUGGGCAUGUCCAAGGAAGCUGUGCGGAACGACCGGAACAAGAAGAAGAAAGAGGUGAAGGAAGAAGGGUCAUCGGACAGCUAUGAGCUCAGCCCCCAGUUAGAAGAGCUCAUCACCAAGGUCAGCAAAGCCCAUCAGGAGACCUUCCCCUCGCUCUGCCAGCUGGGCAAGUAUACCACGAACUCCAGUGCGGACCACCGAGUGCAGCUGGAUCUGGGGCUGUGGGACAAGUUUAGUGAGCUGGCCACCAAGUGUAUCAUCAAGAUUGUGGAGUUUGCCAAGCGGUUGCCUGGCUUUACAGGGCUCAGCAUCGCGGACCAGAUCACUCUGCUCAAAGCUGCCUGCCUGGACAUCCUGAUGCUGCGGAUCUGCACAAGGUACACCCCAGAACAGGACACCAUGACCUUCUCCGAUGGGCUGACUCUGAACCGGACCCAGAUGCACAACGCUGGCUUCGGUCCCCUCACAGACCUCGUUUUUGCCUUUGCUGGGCAGCUCCUGCCACUGGAGAUGGAUGACACGGAGACAGGGCUGCUCAGUGCCAUCUGCCUCAUCUGUGGAGACCGCAUGGACCUGGAAGAACCUGAAAAAGUAGACAAGCUGCAGGAGCCACUGCUGGAAGCCCUGAGGCUGUAUGCCCGGCGCCGGCGGCCCAGCCAGCCCUACAUGUUCCCAAGGAUGCUCAUGAAAAUCACCGACCUCCGGGGCAUCAGCACCAAGGGAGCAGAAAGGGCCAUUACCCUGAAGAUGGAGAUUCCAGGCCCAAUGCCUCCCCUGAUCCGAGAGAUGCUGGAGAAUCCUGAAAUGUUUGAGGAUGACUCUUCACAGCCUGGUCCCCACCCCAAGGCCUCCAGUGAGGAUGAGGUUCCCGGGGACCAGGGCAAGGGGGGUCAAAGUCCCCAGCCUGACCAGGGCCCCUGACCUCCCUGUUGUGGGGGUUGGGGCCUCAGGCAGCAGACUGACCAUCUCCCAGGUACCACCGUGACUGGGGGAGGACCUGCUCUGCCCUCUCCCCACCCCUUCCAACGAGCUCCUUGUUUUUGCCAAAGUUUCCAGGGGUGCCUCUGUGUUCACCCCCUUCCCACUCUAACCAGUUCCCUCUCCAAUCCUGGCGAGCUACCCUGCUCCCACCAGGAGAGAGGGCAGAGGGGUGAGCCUGGGAUUGGACUCUAAAAUCUCAGCACUGCCCCUCAGAUACUGGGGUCCUAGGCUCCCCAAGGCAGGAGGAAGAACCUGCCAUUCCAGCCCCUUCUUCUGCUAGGUGCUUGGGCCUUUGGGAGCAAACAGGAACACUAGAGACCAAAAGGGAGGCAAAGUGGGAGGGCUGAGCCCACCCCUUGCCCCUGCCCUCGGUGCCUAAUGCUGUGUGAUGCACCUGCCUGGUGCCCCCUGCCCUCUGUGCCCCAUCCUCAUGCCAGGUCUAGGUGCGGGCAGGCUGGGCCCUGCAUUUCUGCCGCAGGCCAGAGGGUGAAAGGGACAGAUGCAGGUCCAUACGCACCUCUUUGCUUGGGUGCAAUUUGCCCUGUACUCUCCGUUACGAACCCCUCCCCAAGCCCUGUCAUGUGCCUUGGGCUCCUCCUGCUCCCCCCAUCUCAGCCAUCAGGACAGGGACCCUCCUACACUACAGAGGGGCCAGGGGUUCCCUCUUCCCCUAGUGCCUUUGACCCUUGACCCCCAGAGCAGCUUGGCCCAAGGAGGGGGAAUGCUGCCUAGCCUUGGCCCAGGGAGGGGGAAUCCUGCCUCGACCCAGAGGAAGCCUCUAUUUAUUUAUUAGCUUUUGUUUACACCCUGGAAUUAACCCCUUCCUCCAGGGGUCUUGGGAGGGGGAGCCCAGGGCCCCUGUGAUUUCUCCUUUCCCCCCAGCCCCAGUUUGUAUUUAGCUGCCAAAUAAGAUUCCCACUGGCUCCCCUUUUUCUCUGGGGGGUCAGGGUGCUGUUCCCUCCCCUCUGUUUACAUCUCCCCUUCACCCCGCUGUAUCGCAUAUUGCUGAGUUUUCUAUUUUUGCAAAAUAAAGUGAUGGAAACUCA